AUGGAAGACAGCCCUGCGUGGGAACCCGAGGUCUGGGGCUCCGCCGGAGGGUGGCCAGCACCAUGGGGAGCCAGAGCAGGCCCAUCGCUGUCCUCGGUGCUGAAUCAACUCCCCAGCGCCGCUUCCCUCCGGUACCGAGGCCCUGGGGUGCUGCCCUGGGGGACGCUGGAGGAAGAUGAGGACGGAGAGAGGAACAUCCAGACCCUCGCAGAAGCUGCUGAGAAGGACCUGCAGGAACCUCCCCCUUCCCGGGAACUGCCCUGGCCCAUGCAGGCCCGACGGGCACACAGGCAGAGCCACGCCAGGGACCAAAUGGCUCGGGGUUCGAGGUCCAGAGUAGCCUACUGGGCCCUGCUGUUUCGGAGGUCCAAGGAGAAGAUUCGAGAAGGCUUGCACACCUUGAAGCCCUGGGAAUGGACACUGAAGAGGAUUGGGGGCCAGUUUGGCGUGGGCACCGAGUCCUACUUCUUGCUACUGCGUUUCCUGCUGUUUCUUAACGUGCUGGCCUCGGUGCUGAAGGUCUGCAUGACGCUGCUGCCCACCUGGCUGGACGGGGGUCCCACGGAUCCCCCUGGCUCCGGCCCUUCCUCGCCUUGCGGCUCCUACAACCCCCACCCCCAGGGCCUGAUUACCUUCUCCUCCCAGCUCUUCAACCUGCUCUCGGGAGAGGGAUUUUUAGAAUGGUCUCCUCUCUUCUAUGGGUUCUACCCGCCGCGCCCGCGCCUGGCUGUCACCUACCUGUGCUCCACCUUCGUCAUUGGCCUCCUAUCCCUGCUGCUUAUCCUGCGCCGCUCGGUGCCCGGCCUGAAGCAGACGUUGUUGGCCGAGUCCGGAGUUCUGACCAGCUACAGCCACCGGGUGUUUUCCGCCUGGGACUUUGGCCUGUGCGGGGAUGUCCACGUGCAGCUGCGCCGGCGCCUCAUCCGCUUUGAGUUGCAGGUGGAGCUGGAGGAGGCAGAUGUGCGGCGCAGGGCUGCCGUGCGGACCCUGGGCCAGCACGCCAGGGUGUGGUCGGUGCGGGUGCUGCUCAACCUGCUGGUGGUGGCGCUCCUCGGGGCCGCCUUCUAUGGCAUCUACUGGGCUACAGUGUCCACCAUGCAGCUGAAGAAGUCGCCUCUUGUCAAGAAGAUGCUGCUGCUAGAGCUCGGGGUGGAUUAUCUCUCACCCAUCUUCAUCUCCGGGGUCAAUUUGGUGCUGCCGCCCGUGUUCAAGCUCAUUGCGCAGCUAGAGGGCUACACCAGGAGCCACCAGAUCGUUUUAAUCCUGCUCAGGACCGUGUUUCUCCGCCUGGCCUCCCUGCUGGUCCUGCUCCUGUCUCUCUGGAAACAGAUCACUUGCGUGGGCAACGCAGAGGAUGAGGCGUGCAAACGCUGUGGCUACAGUUACAAAGAACUUCCGUGCUGGGAGACGCGGCUGGGGCAGGAGAUGUACAAACUCCUGCUUUUUGACCUGUUGACUGGCUUGGCGAUCACGCUGUUCAUCCAGUUCCCGCGGAAGAUGCUCUGUGGUCUCUGUCCCGGGGCGCUGGGUCGUUUGGGGACCCAGGAAUUCCAGGUGCCCGACGAGGUGCUGGGGCUCAUCUACGCGCAGACAGUGGUCUGGGUGGGGAGUUUUUUCUGCCCUCUUCUGCCCCUGCUCAACACAGCCAAGUUCCUGCUGCUUUUCUAUUUGAAAAAGUUGGUCCUCUUCUCCACCUGCUCCCCGGCCUCCCGCACCUUUCGGGCCUCCACGGCGAAUUUCUUUUUCCCCAUGGUCCUUCUCCUGGGUCUGGCCGUCUCCGCCGUUCCUGUGCUUUAUAGUAUCUUCCUGAUCCCGCCUUCUAAGCUGUGUGGUCCAUUCCGGGGGAAGUUGUCCAUCUGGGCCCAGAUCCCUGAGUUUAUUUCCAGACUCCCUCAGAUCACUCAGAACUUUCUCUUCUUCCUGGGGACUCAAGCUUUUGCUGUGCCCCUCCUGCUGGUCUCCAGCAUCCUGAUGGCGUAUACCCUGGCCCUGGCUAACUCAUAUGGACGCCUCAUUUCUGAGCUCAAACGGCAAAUAGAGACGGAGGCGCAGAAUAAAGUCUUCCUGGCCCAGCGUGCCGUGGCGCUGAGCGCGGCCAACGGGGCUCCUUGACCUCCCCAGCCUGGCUCAAACCCUUCGUAAGCCUUGGCCACGUCACCUGUAAAAUGGGAGAACUGGAGGAGACGGUACUUCCUCCCAGCCCGGGGAUUCUGAGAUUUUCAGGGACCUGGACGCCCUGACUGUCCAGUGAACCUCAUUCUUGUAUCAAUAAACAGCGGAGUCAGCUUA